AUGUAUGUGAAUAGUUUGACCGAUCAUGCAUUAAAUCCGUUGAAAACCGGGUUAACCCGGACGGUUUUCAGCCAAACCAGUGAUCCCAUCGUUUAUUUGACCCGGUCCGAGUCACGAUUUUAUUCUUUUAAUGAACGGCGUCGUUCCAACACCCCCCUUCCCCUUUUCUCUUUUCUCUCUUCUUUUUCCCCUCCCUUUUUUCCCCUUUUCUUCUCUGAAGCCCUAAUUGCUGAAGAUCAAACCCCCAGCCCACAACGCUAUCUCCUCUCUCAACUCUCUUUCUCAGUUUCUCGUCACUCUCUCCCACGAGCUCAAGCUCUCGUCCGCUUGUCUCAUCUCCAGUCUCUCACUUCUUGUCUCCAGUCUGUCAAGCUCUCGUCAGCUGAAGAUCUCCCUUCCCUGCCCUCAUUUUGCCGGCGGCAGAAGCAGACGGAACCGCAUCUGGUCCCUCGGGUCGUGGUGGUGGUCGUCUUCUUGCUUCUCACAGUCUCUGUCUCGCACCUGGUCUCGAUCUCUCCCUUCCCUGCGCUCUUCGUCGCCGGUAGCAGAGGCAACAGAUCCCUGUGGGCUUCUCUUCGUUGUCGUCUUCUUGUUUCGAGCCUUGCUGUCAGCUUCUCCCUCACCAUCAACUUCUCCUUCGCCGUCGGCUUCCUUCGCGUAACUCGAUUUGAUACAAAUGUGGAUAUAGAUGCAAAUCAAACUAAAGGAAAUGUUGGUCAAGCUUCAAAUUUGUUUUAUGAAGAUAUAGAUGCCGACUUUCACCUGUUGAACCAGUGAUUCUGUGACCAGUCGUAUGACACAAUGGAUGUUGGUAUAAAUGUGAUUUUACAAAAUUAAUUAUGAUUAAAAAUUAGAUUGAUGUCAUAUAACUUAUAUUGGGAUAUUUUUUUUAGUCAUUAAGACAAUGAAUGUUUCUAAAUAAUAUUAGAUAAAAUCACGUUGAAGUGUAACUUAUUAAUAGGAUAUAAUUUAUAUAUUUUUUAUAUUACUUUUUCAAUUUAGUUUUUACAAUAAUAGUGUCUAAUUCAUUUAAAAAAACAAUAAAAUGGAUUUUAGCGCACACAUUAUUUUUUUGUAAAUGGAUGUUAAUAUGGGUUAUAAUACAUUGGAUAAUAGAUUUUUAUACUCGAAGAUUUUUUCAACUUAAAAGUAACAACUAUUAAUAUCAAUGAGUAUGUACCAACAAAUUUUUAUACUGAACAAAUAUUUGGUCUAGGCAUAGUGCGGAUUUUAUUUUUUAAAAAUAAUAAAAAAGCUGCUGAAUAGGCAGGGUAGUGCCAGUUGAGACGCUAGUUCUCAUUAAUCACAUUCUCAAUAAAUUAACAUUAAAGCCUUCUCUCAACACUCAUCAUUGCCAUAACUCCCUCUCAACUUGUAACUCCCUCUCAACACGUCACAAUUCCUCCCUACAACCCGUCGCAGCGCCUCCGUCCAAUCCUACCUCAUCGUCACUCAUUCCUUGCGCUGCCAUCUGCGUCUCUGAACUAGUCGCGCCGCCAUCUCCUUCUCCAUCACCCGUCCCGCCUCUGUUCCCUCUCUCGACCCUACUCCUUGCCGUCCUCACCAUUAAACGGUGGUACUUCGUCCUAUGCUCACCAUAUCUGUAACUGUUUUGCUUUUUCUUUAAUUUUUGUUAAGCAUUCACGAUUAGGGUUUUGAUUUUGUUUAAGUUUUAUUGAUCGAUAUUUAUGGUUUGAUUAAAUUUUCAGAGCAGUUUUUGGAUUUUAAUUGGUUUAAUGUUCUGUUCUGCUAUGCAAAUGUGAAAAGGGAGAUGUUCUGUUUUUGGGUUUUUUUUUUAAUGUUCUGCUUUUGGGUUUUAAUGAGGCAUUUGAUGUUUUUUGUUAGUUCUUCUUUAUUAUAGUGUUGUGUUUAGUCUCCAUUUUUUGGGUUUUAUUUAGUUUGAUGUUUGUUUUUAUGAAAAUGGGGAAAAGGUUGAGGAUCAUACUGUUAUAGGAAGUCAAAGUCAUACCGACCAAUUUAGGUGUUGUGUGUCUAGGGUUUGAGCAUUAUCUGUAAUGAUCAUUCAUCAUUGAAUUUCCUCACAAUAUUGCUUAUGGAUGUUGGAAUAUUUAGAUUGAAUUCUAACUUCUAAGUCUAUCCUGUCUACUUGUCUUGUGUGCCUUGUUAUAAUAGCAAGGUUGUCGAACUUCUGUUUUUCUUUUUGAGAUCAUAUGCAGGUGAGCCACAUUGGUGGGCAAAUAAUUAGAAUAUGGAAUGAAUAGAAAAGAAAGAUUAGCGGGUGUUGUACUAGUUAUUUAAUCCAAGGUUAUGAAAACUAAACCAAAUAUCAAACCUGCCAAGCUACUUUUUAAGGUUAUGAACUUUUGUUAAGUGUAUACUUAGUUGGCUAUAAAUAGCUAACUCUUUUUCCUUC